AUGAGCAACCAACCCAUGGAGGGAGACAUAGGUGAUAGUAAUGACAACGAUUCUAAUAGUACUAUAUCUGCCACGACAACAUCUGGUGUAGAUACUCCCGGUAACAGUAGCCUCACUUCUACUAAUACAAACAGGAACGGGUCCCUCAUAAGCAUCAGCAAUAGUAAUAGUAACGAAAGCAACGCUACCGACAUUGCUCUGCUGAAAAAAUCUUUAAAAAUUGAUAGUAACAUUCCUAACACACUUCAAUUGAGUUCCAACCCCCAACUUUCUAGUGGCAGUUUUAAUAUCACAAACAGUAUUACUGAUUCUUCAGCCACAGACAACGUUACUAGCACUGAUUUGAUAUCUAAUAUCGGGAUAUCACAGCCGUUUCUUUCUCCUACAGACACUGAAAACACUGAAAUAAUCAUCAAAUCUGAAUAUAAUACAAACCCAAAUUCUCCAUUGGCUUCCACUACGAGUAUUGACUUUAUUAAUAACAAAUUCAAUAAAACACCAAUCUCGAAAUCUACAAAUAUAAGCCCAACUAAACUUCAAAACUUUAAUUCAAAUUUGAACUUGAAAAAAAAUAUUGACCAUAAAAAAAUUCAUAUCGUUUCAAAUAAAAACAAUAAUCAAACCGGAAAUACAAGUAAUUUGAUUAUUGUUAAAUCUCAAAUGGAUCAAGUACUUUCUAACCAAUUAAGUAACAACAAUAGUAACUCCAAUUCGAAUAGUUCCUCCUAUAACAUCCACAAUGUUUUAGUGAAAAAUGAAAAUUUGACUAUGAAUGUACAAGAUAGUGGAGAUGGAAAUAAUGAUUUGAAUGAUUCUAAUGAUAAUAUGACUACGGAUUAUGAAAACUUGAAUGAUAAUGACAAUGAUAAUGAAAAUGAAAAUGAAAAUGAUCAAGAUCAACAUAUUAAUAUAAAUAAAGCGACAGAUACCAUCAUAAUGGGUCUUGCAUCGGAUGAUAUACGAUUAAUAAUGCCAACCAAGAUGGAGACUACAGAAAAGGGUAGUUUUAAAAGAAGCACGUUUGCAUGUGUUAGAUGCCAUUCAUUAAAACAAAAAUGUUUACCAUCUGAUUUUAAUGACAUUUAUAGGAAACCUUGCAAAAGAUGUUUAAAGACAAAUAGGCUAUGCAAAUUUGACUUGUCCAAACGAACAAGGAAAAGAAAAUCGAAAAAAACUAGUUCCACAGAUUUAAGAAUAAAACAGACCAAUGAAUCUCAAUGUUCUACUCCAACUUCACCCUCUCAUUCUACCUCGAUACAUCCUAAUCCACCUCAAUUGCAAAUGGCAUCUCAUUUGUUGUCACUUGCCCCAAAUCAAAAACAAAAUGAUCCUCAAAUACAAGUAUCAACAGAAUCACAAUCUAAGGCACAAGAACAAGCUCGUAUUCAAUUACAAGUACAAUUACAACAAAGACAAUUGCAACAACAGCCAUCAAUUCCUACUGGUCAAUCAUACAUGCCAUCAAUCUACAGCAGCAAUACUAAUUUAUCUACCUCCGUCUCAAAUAAUGGGCUGCCUGCUGCAAUGAUAAACCCUACAAGCAAUUCAACAUCUCAACCAUUAACUACUCCAAUCCAACAAAUAUUAUUACCGCAACAACUAAAUUCACCAAAACAAUCUCAAGUACCACAAACUACUGCACAACACAACAUUCAAUAUCAAUUGCAAAAUCAAAUUCCACUACAAGUACAAAUACAGAAUCAAAUUCCAAAUCAAUUGCCCUCUCAACAACAACAAAUACAGUAUCAAAAUCAAAAUCUAAUUGAGUCUCAAACUUCACAAACAUCCACUAUCUCAAUGUCCCAAAAUUCAAGUAAUUUGCCUGGAUUACAACAAAGUUUACCAAAUAUUUGGGAAAAUGUCAAAUCGACCUCUGAUGAAAAUUUAAUAAAUUAUAAUUCUACAGAUAGCAACAAUAAUAUAACACCAUCUAAUAAUAUCGACCAAAAUGAUAAUUUAAAAAAUCAAUCAAACUUGAUUUCUAAUCCAAUCACGAAAAUUAUAAACUUGAAUUUACAAUCUGCCUCAUCCAACAUUACAACUUCUCCAAAUCCCUCUGUGUCAUCUGACACACUAGUAUUACCUACUGUAAAUAGAACAUCUAUAUCCUAUAUUCCUACAGCAAGUAACAUAAUGCCAUCUAUGAAUUCCACAAUAUCUCCAGGAACACAACAUUCUUCAUCUUUGAAAAAACAACUACAGUCUUUAUUAGCCUACCAGAAAGGUAAAGUUCACGAUAUUUCAAAAAAACUGGAUAGUAUGUGUAAACAAGGGAAUGAAAUUUUAGAAAAUACAGUAUAUUCGCCAGAAAUUUUGGAUCCAAUUUCUAUUGGGAUUAUUUCAGUUAAAGAGGCUGAGAAAAGAUUUGAAAUUUAUAAAAAUGACUUAUCUGUUAAUGGCAACCUACCUUUUGUUAAAUUAUCAAGUACUACUACUAUUGAUUCCUUAAGGAGGGAAAAUCCUGUAUUUUUAUCAGUAUUGCUUUGGUGUACAUCUGUUGUUAUGACAACCGAGGACACGACAUUAAACACAAAUAUGAAAUUAGGAGGUCUUGUAAUGCAUCUCUUAACUCAUCAAAUUUUCAGAAUUAAUGAAAAGUCAAUAAAUCUCAUCCAGUCAUUGCUAACUCUAGGGCUGUGGUAUAAUUUUCCUGAAUGGUCCAACAAGACCAGAUACCAUAUCUUUAAUUAUAUCUGUUGUUGUCUAACAAAAGAUUUGGGUCCAACAAAUGUAAAUCGUUCUUUUGCAAUGUUUUCUGAGGAAGAUCCAUUAAAACUUGGACGCAAAUAUAAAACACCUUUAGAACGCCAUGAGAAUGGUGCACGUCUUACAUUAUUGACAUAUAUUUCUGCUCUAAAUAUUUCAAUUUUUCUUCGUCAGUCAAUCCAGUAUCGUUGGUCAGAUUUAACUAAAGGUGCAAUUAGUGCCUUAAUUAAUCAUAAAUACACAAAUGAUUCUAAUAUUGAUCUAUACACUCAGGAAGAAGAUAGAUUUUUAAUUCUGCUCUCAAAAUUGAAUCAUGUAUUAGAAAAGAUUCAUAUUUAUUUACACCAGAUGGCUAAAGCUGCAGAGGAUGAAGAUGAUCCAGAAUUCACAGAACGUCAUAUUUCAAAUUUAAUUGGGAACUACAAAUCACAAUUAGAUGAUAUUAGAAGUCAAUUGCCAGAUGAUAAUUACAGAAUUUUAUCUUUCUACUAUUCUGUUGAAGCGUAUUUAUACCAAUAUACUUUAGCAGACUAUUACAAGAAAAUUAAAUUCCAAACUGAAGUUUCUAUAAUGCCUAAUAAUGUCCUAGAAUCGUUUAUUAGAUGCUGUAAAUGUUGCACUUUAUCCUUAGAAUCCUUUAUUAAGGUUCCAAUUAGAUCGGUAGCAUCAUUGCCAAUUUUCCAUAUGUCUAGAAUCAUUUAUACUGUGGGUAUGCUACUGCUGAAAUUGAAAUAUUUGAGUGAUACAUGCUUACAUUUCAAACAUUUGAGAAAUUAUACAAAUGGUGUCUUAGAACUAGUAAAUAAAGUCUCCAAAAAACUGGAAGAAACUUCAAAUGUUUAUCAAUUUAAUAAUUAUCUCUAUAGACUACAAUAUGUUGUUGCUCUUUUUGCUCAAACCUAUGCUAAUAAGGUAUCUGCUACUUUUAAUAAGAACAUCUCUGACACUGUGACUGAUUCUACGCUAACAACAUCAUCUACUUAUAAGAGAAAGUUAAAGGAACAUGAUAAAAACAGACAUAAAAUUCCUAAAUCGAAAAAACAACAGCUACAAGAUCGACAUCAUCAAAAGCAACUACCACAACAACUACAACAAGAUAUUACUGAAAGUAAUAGCAACACUCUAAGCAGUUCAAAGAUAAAUACUACUGAUUUUUCAUCAAAACCGUAUCGAUAUAACAAGGUAAUCCAUAAUAGUGAUCACAAUCAGAAUCCACAUAAUCAAAAUUUUAAUGAUAGGUUUAACACGGUUCAUCAAAGCAAAUCAUUAAGUCAAUUACCCAUUGAUAUGAAUGGUAGGGUUUCGGAUAAUAACAAUAACAACAAUAUUAUAAAUAUUUCCAGCUAUACAGAGUUAUCAAGUAUGACAAAUAGUGUACCAAAUUUUAUACAAAAUAGAAACUUGACUAAUCCAAAUCCAAAUGAUUUCAACAAUGUUCUCCCACUCUACGUCCAAAGUAAUUUGUCAUCUAGCAUGAAUCCGUCACCCUCGACAUCUGCUGACAAUUUAAAUGAAUAUUUGACAGAUAUCGAUUCCUUAGUGACAGGGUUUAACGCAUUAAACGAUGAAUUUUGGACAGAUAUAUUUAUCAAUGAUUCCUAA